UUUCAUAUAGUCGCUUUCGAUACACCAAAGAAGUAAGGUUGUGUCGCUCCGUCAACCUGGUAAACAAGAAAAUCCGUGAGUGACAUCACUUGUGUUGUUCUGUGUGUCCGUCGCUGUGAAAUUCAAAAUGGGGUGUGGAACGAGUUUUGUGAAAUAUGUGCUGUUUUUCUUCAACCUGGUGGUCGCGCUGUUCGGUCUGGCUGUGAUCGGUAUCGGUGUGGCAGUGCUACUCAACUGGGCGGUGAUCAAGGAGGAGCUCCAGGGUCACCUAACGGUGGCUCCAUGGGUGUUCAUUGUCAUCGGCGCGAUAAUGUUCAUUAUCGCUUUCUUCGGUUGCUGUGGAGCGAUACGCGAAAGCCAUUGUAUGGUUGUCACGUAUGCCAUUUUCCUGCUCGUGAUCAUCAUCGUGCAAGUAGUACUCGCGGUUUUGAUGUUCACUUACGCAGAAAACAUCAAGGAAGCUCUCGUCAAGUCCGUCAAUUCGCUGUUCGACAAGAGAGCUGUAGACCCUGCAGCUGACACCCUCUUCAACAAUCUUCAAGAACAACUCAACUGCUGCGGAAAGAACAGCGCAUCCGAUUACGGCGUUUUCCUGCCCAAGUCUUGCUGCUCUCAACUGAGCACCGUUGGCAAAGUUCUGGGAGAUACUUGCACUUUGGCUGAUGCUAAUAGAAUCGGCUGUGCCACACGAGUCGCUGACCUCUACCAGACGUGGAACAAAACCAUUGCUGGCGUUGCUAUUGGAGUAGCUUGUGUUGAGGUGGUUGGCGCUCUAUUCGCGCUGUGCCUCGCCAACUCCAUAAGAAACAUGGACAGAAGGUCUCGCUACUAAUAUUUUGUACAUUAGCGCUGGUACGCCUGAAACGAUUACAUCACGAUUAAUAACACAUGAGAUCUGUCAACGUAUUGAAAUUGAAACAUGAAUAUAAUUAUAACGAUUGUGUAUAAUUUAAGUUAUUAUUAGGUUGAUAGAAGCUCCGCCCCACCUUGUUGUAAUUUUGAAUCCCGAGCUGUUACCAAUACACAAAUCGAUUUACAAAUUGGUAGAGACAACUGAACUAGAUGAAAUAUUUUGUUUGAUAUUUUCUUUAAAAUACAAAACAAAAUCAUGCGAAUGCAUCUAUAAUAUUAUAUUUAAAUUAUAUUCCUCAUAAUGCCUCUACCUACUACUGACUACACCGAACAUUGUACCUUUACCUCUACGGUAAUGUUAGUUACGACUUUUUUUGUUUUGUUAUACAUUAAUUAUAAUUGACACAGCGUUAAUAAAAAACGCGUUACACUUUUUUUUAUUUAGGUUAAAUUUCAUUUCUUUUGUUACGCGACAUUUUAUAAAAUUUAUUGAUAAAUAGGUAUAGUAUAAGUUAGUUAAGCGACUGUUUGUAAUAAUUAAACUUUGACUAAAAUUUAUAUAAAAAAAAGAAGUAUUUUAUUAAUCGAACUUUGUAAUAUUUAAUAAUUGUACGUCCACUAUCAAAUAUAUAUUUCGUAUUACAUAUAUGUUGAAAUUUUUAUUCAUCUCUAUAUUAACAAGUUAUUCGAUUUUCUCUCAAUGUAUAUAGCUAUAAGUAUGUCGGGAGCAAAUGUCUGUUUAUUAUUGUAUUUUGAGUCUCUUGUGCAUUUUUGAUGACAUCGCUUUUGUGAUUGAUUUAUAUUGUAUGGAUAAAUAAAUAAAUUUCAAUAAAUAA